AUGAAGUCACUCCAAUUCAAAGAGGAUACAACUCCUAAGAGCAAGAGAGACCAGCAACCAACAUGGAACAUAGAACAAAAUUUGGUGCUAAUUAAUGGGUGGAUAAAAUAUGGAACAUGCAGUGUUGUCGGGAGAAACCAGACAGGUGAAGCAUAUUGGGGUAAAAUUGAUGAGUAUUGUAAUGAUCAUUGCUUAUUCGAUCCUCCGCGUGAUGUAAUUGCAUGCCGAAACCGUUUUAUUUAUAUGAGCAAAAUACUAAAUAAAUGGAUUGGCGUUUAUGAAGGCGCUAAGCGUUUGCAAGGAAGUGGUUGGUCGGAGGCUGAUGUUUUGGCAAAAGCGCAGGAAUUAUAUGCAUGUGGGAAGAAUGUUCAAUUUACAUUAAUGGAAGAAUGUCACGCUCUCUAUGAUCAACCACGUUAUGGAUCUAGUGCUCGUCCAAUGGGUAGGGAGGCAACUAAAAAAAAAGGUAAAAAGAAAAGCAAGGAUGCUGCCUUGGAGGAGGUGGAAAAGGAGUGGGUUGAAUUCAAACAAAUCAAGCUCCAAGAGAUUGAACAAUUGAAAGAGUUCACCUUGGUGCAUCAGGAGAAAAACAAAUUAAAGAAAAGGACAUUGUAUGUAAAGUUAAGUUCCGAAGAGCAUCUCGAUGACCGGAAGAAAGUGCUGUUGGAAAAGUUGGAGCGUGAGCUGUUUUGA